CAGAGGGGGUGCAACGGGCCGGGAGAGUCCCCAGCAGGCCGCGGCCCCCACAAUGGUCGGGCGAGGGGUGGCCAGGGAAUUGAGUCGAGUCGCAAUGGAUUGAUCACCAGGCCCAGGGAGUCCGAACCACCCUCCACCCCCCCAUCCCCAGCUCUUCGGGAAAUGGACCGUGCCGAGGGGGUCGGGGGGUAGCAGGUGCACCGGGGCGACGUGUCAGCCCCGCUUGACAGAUGAGCAGUUGAGUCCCCAGUUCGGGAGUCGCAGGGUCAGCGGGCCGGCAGGUCACUGGGGCUGUCGGUGGUGCAGGGGUCAGGUGGGCCCGUGAGAGCUGCGGUAGCCUCUGGCUGAGAUUGGUCUCUGCUGUGUCUGCACCUCUUGGCGGGGUUCCUCUGGGCUCCGUGACUCCUGCAUCUCUUGGCCUCUUCUCCGGAUUUGGGAGUUGUCGCUGUGGUUGGUGCCUGCUCUGUCGGACCGAGACUGAGGAGACUGAGGAGAAAGGCAAGGCGAGGUGGCUGACUUGCAGCCAGGUCUCUGAGCAUCUGGGGAGACUUUCCUGAGCGGCCCUCACCCUGCCCAGGGACUGUCACCUUCCAACAUCAUAGGGGAGGAGGAGUACUAAGAAAAGAUCGGAGGACCGUAAAUACCAGGCCCAACUCCACCACUUUCCCGUUACUAGUUCCUGGUAAACCUUUUCCUCUCUCUGCCUUCCCUUGUAGAAGAUUGGAGCUGUAAUACUAUGCUGCCCCAUAAACUUCAGGAUGGUCCCUGAACCAACCAACCCCACUGCCACCCAGUUGAUGCCGUCUCAGGGAACAAACAGAACAGGGUAGAACUGCCCCCCUAAGGUUUCCAAGACUUAAAUCUACUGCCAGGACUUUCUCCCGCAGCACAGCCACUGACCCCUUAUUAGCAGCCUGGUGGUUUACCACUGCACCCCAGGGCGCCUGUCAGGAUGGUGGCAGUGAUGCACUGUUUGCUUACUCUGUCCCAAGCACUGCUCUAGUCCGGUCAUUCUCGCAACGGUUCUAAGAGCUGCUGCCACUCACCCCAGGUCUUCCAGCCAGCUCCCUCCGUGCUGCCCCUCCCCGCAGGCUGCCCCUCUCUGCCUCCUGGGGCCCAUCAUGAAUGGUGCCCCUGCCCAGGAGGACGGGGCGUCCCCCUCCCCUCCCCCGCUGCCGCCGCCCCCUCCUCCUAGCUGGCGAGAGUUCUGUGAGUCCCAUGCCCGGGCAGCCGCCCUGGAUUUCGCCCGCCGGUUCCGCCUCUACCUGGCCUCGCACCCGCAGUACGCAGGGCCGGGCGCCGAGGCCGCCUUCUCCCGCCGCUUUGCUGAGCUCUUCCUGCAGCACUUUGAAGCGGAGGUGGCCAGGGCCUCAGGCUCCCUCUCGCCACCCAUCCUGGCUCCCUUGAGCCCUGGCUCGGAGAUCCCACCCCAUGACCUGUCCCUAGAGAGCUGCAGGGUGGGCGGGCCCCUAGCCGUGCUGGGCCCUUCACGAUCCUCCGAGGACCUGGCUUGCCCCAUCCGGUCCGCAGGCGCCCCCUCCGCGGCCCCCUCCUCGAAGCCGAAGCUGAAGAAGCGCUUCUCGCUGCGCUCCGUGGGCCGCUCUGUGCGCGGCUCCGUGCGCGGCAUCCUGCAGUGGCGGGGCGCCGUGGACCCGCCCUCCCCGGCCGGGCCCCUGGAGACCUCCUCUGGGCCCCCGGUCUUGGGGGGGAACAGCAAUUCCAACUCCUCCGGCGGGGCUGGGACCAUUGGCCGGGGUCUGGUUGGUGACGGCCCGUCCCCGGGGGAACGGUGGACGCAUCGCUUUGAGAAGCUGAGACUCAGUCGGGGAGGGGGCGCCCUGAAGGACGGCGCAGGGUUGGUGCAGAGAGAGGAGCUGCUGAGUUUCAUGGGGGCUGAAGACGCGGGGCCCGACCCCGCCGGGGUGGGCCGGGGAGGCGGGGGAGCAGGGCAACCCCAGUGGCAGAAGUGCCGCUUAUUGCUGCGGAGCGAAGAAGGCGGAGGAGGAAGUCGCCUGGAGUUCUUCGUGCCGCCCAAGGCGUCUCGGCCCCGGCUCAGCAUUCCCUGCUCCGCCAUCACCGACGUCCGGACCACCACGGCCCUGGAGAUGCCCGACCGGGAGAACACGUUUGUGGUCAAGGUGGAAGGCCCUGCAGAGUAUGUCUUGGAGACUACCGACGCGCUCCACGUGAAGGCCUGGCUCUCAGACCUCCAGGACCGCCUGAGCCCAGGACCCUGCCCUGCUCCCAGUCCCCGCCCCAUGACCCUCCCUCUGGUCCCUGGAAGUGCAUUCCUGACAAGGGAGACCACAGACAGCCUGGAGCUGCCCUGCCUGAAUCACUCUGAGAGCCUGCCCAGCCAGGAUCUGCAGCUGGGCCCCAGCGAGAGCCAUGACCGCCUGUCACAGGGGGCAUACGGAGGCCUCUCAGACCGCCCCUCGGCAUCCAUCUCCCCCAGUUCUGCCUCCAUCGCCGCCUCCCACUUUGACUCAAUGGAACUACUCCCCCCCGAGCUGCCCCCCCGCAUCCCUAUUGAAGAGGGGCCCCCACCAGGGACCCUUCAUCCCCUUUCGGCCCCUUACCCUCCCCUGGACACUCCGGAAGCAGCCACAGGGUCAUUCCUGUUCCAGGGGGAGGCGGAGGGAGGUGAGGGGGAGCAGCCCCUCUCAGGGUACCCAUGGUUCCACGGGAUGCUCUCUCGGCUCAAAGCGGCCCAGCUCGUGCUGGCGGGGGGUGCUGGCUCCCACGGCGUGUUCCUAGUACGGCAGAGCGAGACGAGGCGUGGCGAGUACGUGCUCACUUUCAACUUCCAGGGCAAGGCCAAGCACCUGCGUCUGUCGCUGAACGAGGAAGGUCAGUGUCGGGUCCAGCACCUGUGGUUCCAGUCCAUUUUCGACAUGCUCGAGCAUUUCCAGGUGCACCCCAUCCCUCUGGAGUCCGGAGGCUCCAGUGACGUUGUCCUUGUCAGCUACGUCGUAUCCGCCCAGCGGCAGCAGGAACCGAUCACCUCCCAUGACCCACCCCCGCCCUCUGAACCCCCCUCAUGGACAGAUCCCCCACAUCCUGGGGCAGAAGAGGCGCCGAGGGCGCCAGAAGUGGCGGCCGCCACAGCCACAGCAGCCAAAGAGAGGCAAGAGAAGGAGAAAGCGAGCAGUGGAGGGGUCCCGGAAGAGCUGGUCCCCGUGGCUGAGCUGGUCCCCGUGGCUGAAUUGGAAGAGGCCCUGAGGCCCGUCCUGGAGGCCCAGGGAAGCGCUGGCUCCGGUGGGGAUGCGGGCAUGAACCUGACGGUGCAGCUGCAGCAGUUACCGCUAGGGGGCGACGGAGAAGGGGGCCAUCCCAGAGCCAUUAAUAACCAGUAUUCCUUCGUGUGAGAGACCCUGCCUGCCCUCGCCCACCCGGUGGCCCUCCGCCCCAGAGGGCGACAGAUGUUGGUACAAGGAGAGGUUCGAGAGCCCCGUGAACUGUCCCCACCCCACCCCCCAUACACUACAGGUCCUCCUCCCCUUGGCAGGGGCCUUGUGCUCCAUUGCUGCCCUGAGGGGCUCUUACGGUCAGCCCCAUGCCGUGGGGCCAUUGCCCCCUUAACCACUGCCUAGUGGAGCGGAGGGGUAAGCACUCGACUUCUCACCGAGAGGUGGUUGGUCAAGUUCCAACCCACACAGAGGCGCCUGGGAAGCAGGCCCUGGCGAGCUGCUUCCCAAAGGUCAGAGCCUUGAAGACCUCACGGCCUGCAGUUCUACUCUGCCCAGGUGGGGGCGCUGUGAGUCAGAAGGACUGGACAGAAGCGACAAUGCCGACAGUCUUGGGAGGGCAAGGUGGAAGGGCUGUCUGUUCUGUAUCAAGGAUGAUGUUUUAAACCGACUGGAGACACGUCAAUAAAUAAAGGGUUUCUCACA